GCCCCGCCUGGCUCACAGUGGGUGCUCUGUGCACGUGUGUUGACCGAGUACAAGUGACGCUGGCACCCAAAGCUAGCAACCUAGGCUUCCUGGGAUCCCUCCGUGCAGCUUCUGAUCUCUUGGUACCUACCUGUUUGAUGUCCCGUGGCUGACGCCCAACCGAGUUCUUUGGAGGACCAUGUCAUUAGACUUUGGCAGUGUGGCACUACUGCCACAAAAUGAAGAGGAAGAAUAUGACAAAGAAGAUUAUGAAAGGGAAAAAGAGUUGCAGCAAUUGCUCACCGACCUUCCUCAUGAUAUGCUGGAUGAUGAGCUCUCCUCCCCUGAACUUCACUUCUCAGACUGUAGUAUGGACGGCACAGCGGAAGAAGUGCAUCCUUCUGAGCAAUUGGAGAUGAACUGGAACAAGCAUCAAAUUCUGCCCAAAUCUCAAAGUAUAAAUCACUAUAAUGAAAUUCAGGGCUUAUAUAUUGGAGAAAAAAGUGGCAAUGGCUGGGAAGAGAAUCAAAAUAAAACUGAAGACCAACAUCCUGAGUACCAUCUCAAAGAAGAUGGAGAUGAAGGUGGGAGUGGCUAUAGUCCUCCAAGCAAAAAUGAACAGACUGAUUUGUAUUGCCUUCCUGAAAACUUCAGGCCUUAUACCAGUGGUCAGAAGCAGGAAUUUAAUAACCAACCAACCAGUGUAGUUAAAUUUUCUGAUCCUCAGAGGAACCAUUUUCAGCAAUUUGGUUCAUCACAAGGUCCCAGUUGUCAAGCUUUGGCGCCAUAUAAAGUGAAAUAUAAACCUUAUCAAUCUUCUGUCCAGGAUAACUUUCCAGUCCAGGAAAUAGCAGGAAGUGACACACUUGAAGGCCUGCAACAACAAUUCCUAGGAGCUAGUGAAAAUUCUGCAGAAAACAUACAGAUUAUUCAGCUUCAGGUUCUUAAUAAAGCAAAAGAGAGACAACUGGACAACUUAGCUGAAAAAUUAAAUGAAAGUGAACGUCAAAUUCGUUAUCUGAAUCACCAGCUUAUGAUAAUUAAAGAUGAAAAGGAUGGCUUGACUCUCAGUCUUCGAGAAUCACAGAAACUCUUUCAGAAUGGAAAAGAAAGGGAGAUACAGCUUGAAGCACAAAUAAAAGCUCAAGAGGCUCAAAUACAAGCAUUAAAAGUCAAUGAAGAAAAGAUGAUCAAGAAGUCUAGAACAACUGAAAUGGCUCUGGAAAGCUUGAAGGAGCAACUGGCAGAGCUUCAUCAUUCUGAGUCGCUUCAACGAGCUAGAGAGCAGCACGAGAGCAUUGUUAUGGGCCUUACAAAGAAGUAUGAAGAGCAAGUGUCAUCCUUACAAAAGAAGUUGGAUUCUACAGUUGCUGCACUUAAAGAACAGGAAGAUAUUUGUUCUCAUUUGAAAGAUCACGUGAAACAACUGGAAAGGAGUCAAGAAGCUGCCAAAUUAGAAAAAACUGAGAUCAUUAACAGGUUGACGAAGAGUCUGGAAGAGAGUCAACAACAGUGUGCCCAGUUGUUGCAGUCAGGCUCAAUACAGGAAGUGGCUCAGCUAGGGCUCCAGCUGCAGCAAGCACAAAAGGCACACACUAUAAGCGAGAACAUGAACAAGGCUUUGCAAGAGGAAUUAACAGAACUAAAAGAUGAAAUUUCUCUCUAUGAAUCUGCUGCAAAACUAGGAAUACCUCCAAAUGACUCAGAAGGAGAAUUAAAUAUAGAACUCACUGAAUCAUAUGUGGAUUUGGGUAUUAAAAAAGUCAACUGGAAAAAAUCCAAAGUUAACAGCUUAAUGCCACAGGAAGACCUGAGUGAAGAGCUUUCCAAAGAUGAGGUCAUCCUGAAGUUGAAAGCAGAAGUGCAGCGCCUGCUGGGGAGCAACUCAAUGAAGCGACAUCUGGUGGCUCAGUUACAAAAGGACCUCAAGGACUGUCACAAGAAAAUUGAAGAUCUCCAAGAAGUGAAGAAAGGUGACAGGAGCAUCGAGAUUGAGACCAAAACAGAUACUUCAGAAAAGCCAACUAAUCAAUUAUGGCCUGACUCUUCUACUUCUGAUAUGACUAUUAGAGAUGAUGUACUGCAACUUAAAAAUGAAAUUCAAGUUUUACAACAAAAAAAUCAGGAACUUAAAGAAGCUGAAGAAAUACUGAAAAAUACAAAUCAAGACUUAUGUAAUCAAAUGAGACAAAUGGUACAGGAUUUUGACCGUGAUAAACAGGAAACUGUGGAGCGGUGUGAAAGGACCUACCACCAGCACCAUGAGGCCAUGAAAGCCCAAAUACGGGAGAGCCUAUUAGCCAAGCAUGCUUUGGAGAAACAGCAGCUCUUUGAGAUUUAUGAAGCAACUCAAUCUCAGCUCAGGUCUGACAUCGAUAAGUUGAGUAAGGAAAUAACUACUGUGCAGGAAUGUUACCUAGAAGUGUGCAGAGAGAAGGAUACUCUAGAGUCGACUCUCAAGAAGACCACUGAAAAGGAGCAGCAAGCUCAGGAACAGAAGAUGAAACAAAAACUCAUGCAACAGUUGGAAAAGGAGUGGCAGUCUAAGCUGGAUCAAACUGUAAAAGCUCUGAAAAAGAAAACCACAGAUUGUGGAAGCCAAACUGACCAAGCAGCCACCCUGGAUGUCAUUUCCAAGGCAGACAUGGAGGUCAUGGUAGAAAAGCAGAAGCAAAAGCUCCAGCGAGAUUUAGAACAAGAGAAGGAAGCAGCUAUCAAGGGGGCUUUGAAGAAACUCCAAAUUGAAUUGGAGGUCAAAUACUGUGAAAAUAUUGCCCAACAGGUAGAAACAGCUGUGCAAAAUGCUCGCCUUCGAUGGCUAGAAGAACUGCCUGAGCUUGCAGAGUACAAAGCAUUAAUGAGAGUAGAACAGAAGAAGUGGGAGGAACAACAAGAGAUCUCUGUGGCCAGAAGGCUGGCAUUGGCUGUGUCUGAAGCUAAAGAGAAGUGGAAAAGUGAGAUUGAAAAUAUGAAGAAAAAUAUAACGCUGGGCAAGAACUUGGAAGAGAAGAUUCAUUCUCUCCAGAAGGAGCUGGAGUUAAAGAACGAGGAAGUCCCUGUGGUUGUCAGGGCGGAAUUGGCUAAGGCCUGGAGCGAAUGGAACAGAGAAAAGCAAGAAGAAAUCCACAAAAUUCAAGAACAAAAUGAGCAAGAUUACCGGCAGUUUUUAGAUGAUCAUCGAAAUAAAAUUAAUGAAGUGCUUGCAACAGCUAAAGAAGACUUUAUGAAACAAAAAACUGAACUGCUUCUCCAAAAGGAGACAGAAUUGCAAGCUUGCCUGGAACAGAGCCGUAGAGAGUGGACAGUGCAGGAAGCCAGGCGGAUCCAACUAGAAAUCCGUCAGUAUGAGGAAGACGUCCUAACUGUGGUCGAACUUCUCUUAAUGGAAACCCAAAAGGAGUAUAUCAGUGGUUCAGAGAACAAGCAGCUUUUGGAAAUCUUGUCAACUUGUUCUUCAAAGUGGGUGUCUGUGCAAUAUUUUGAGAAACUAAAAGCCUGCAUACAGAAAGUACUUCAAGAUACAGUCUCCAUGCUUAAAGAAAAUACCAGCCCAGAAGGGGAAAAGAGAAAUAUGGUCAAGAUCUCUAUGAAUCCUGCCAGCGGGGGUAGUGGGAGAGGAGAUCCUGGAGUCCCAGCAGCCCUUCCUGCACCCACUUCCAGAUACCAAGUACAGCCUUUGCCCUUGCAAGAAGCAGAAGCUGAUAAGAAAAAGACACUUGAAAUUAAAGAUUUAUGCUGUGGACACUGCUUCCAAGAACUUGAAAAGGCAAAGCAGGAAGGUCAAGAUCUGAAAAGAAAACUGGAGAAAUGCUGUAGGCAUCUUCAGCAUUUAGAAAGAAAGCACAAAGCUGUAGUGGAAAAAAUUGGAGAAGAGAAUAAUAAAGUUGUUGAAGAAUUGAUAGAAGAAAACAAUGACAUGAAGAAUAAAUUGGAAGAACUGCAAACACUUUGUAGAACACCACCAAGGUCACUGUCAGAAGGGGCCAUUGAAAAUGCAUGUCUGCCAAGCAAUAGGCAGGCCUUGGAAGAACUUCGGGGGCAGUAUAUUAAAGCUGUAAAAAAGAUUAAGCGUGACAUGCUUCGUUACAUUCAGGAAAGUAAGGAAAGAGCAGCAGAAAUGGUAAAGGCAGAGGUGUUGCGAGAACGUCAGGAAACUGCCCGGAAGAUGCGCAAAUAUUACUUAAUUUGCCUCCAACAGAUUUUGCAGGAUAAUGGUAAAGAAGAAGGGGCUGAGAAAAAGAUUAUGAAUGCUGCUAGCAAACUUGCUACAAUGGCAAAAUUGCUAGAAACUCCUACUUCUAAUAGAUCCCAGUGCAAAACUGCACAGGCAGUAACACUACCUGUGACUUCAGAGAUGCUGAUUGGAGUUGAAAAAUCAAAAAGAAAUGAUAUGAAUCAGAAUAUACAACAUUUUGAAACCAAAUCAAACUGUGUAAAAAGCAUCCCCAGAAGUAUGUGUGAACAAGUUCCUAAGAGGAGGGCUGCUUGUAAUUUACAGAGGCGGUUAGAGGAUUCAGAGCAUGGAGACAUACAGCAUAUGGGUUUCAAGGGGUCACAUUCAGACUUUCAGUUUGGGGAUAGAAGUUGCGGACACCUAGACAUUUUGCCAAAGAAUGUUUCUACUGAAUUUGUUCCAUAUGAAGUUGAAGAAGGCUUUGAUUUGCACAAGAAGAAAGACCUGCCCAGUGACACUGGCUCUCAGUCACUUCUGCAUUCAGGUGUAUACCCUUUUCUGGAAACCCUUGGAAAUAAACCCUCACCUAGUUGUUCCCCUGGGCUUUCUGAAUCAGGAUCCACACAUACAAUCUUUCGAGGUCCUAAGGAGAGGCCUGGUUUAAAAGCAUAUAUAUGCAAUUCAUUCACAGAAAGUGAAAAUGCUACAUCUGAGAGCAGUCACGGUUUGGGUGUUCAGGAAACUCCAGUAAAGGACGGAGGAGACCUCAGUGACUCAUUAGGCUGCCUUUCCAACAGUGCAACUUUACCCUGUAACAGUCGUGAAGUGUCAUUUUUACAUGAUAGGACACAAAGAACUGUGGAUAUGCUAGGUGACUCUGCUAAGUUCAGACAGUUUUCAGCAACCAAUUGUUUUUCAGAUACAGAGAAAGAUAAUAUGAUUUGCCAACCGAUGAAAUGUCAGAGUGAUCAUGUUCCAGGCCUGUCAAAAGAAACCCUGUAUCCCCAUCAGGGGAAGACCAGUGUGACUCCCGGACACCCAGUGCAUCAUAAGGCUGAUAUAUUCAAGUCAGAUUCCAAAAAGCUGAGCAGUACAGUUCCAUCUUCAGUAUGUCGGCAGCCUGCAAGAAAAUCAAUUAUUCCACUAUCAGGCCAACAAGAUAGUGGCUUUGAUAGUCCAUUUGUUAAUCUAGACUAAUUGUUGUGCUCUAUUUAAGAAGAAUCAUUAAUAUAUCAACAAGAGAAGACUUUGUACUGAAAAAAAUUGUGGGCUCUAGCUAUAUUGAGAUGUUUUAAUAACAUCUAUUAUAUGAGUAAAGUAUUCUCAUAAAAUUACUUGAGAUAUUUAUGUUGCCUUAAUCUUCUAAAGGCCAAUGGUGUGUUUAUAAUCUGCUUCUGUGUGGUGCUUAUAUUUGGUUGCUAAACUAUCUAUUUUUAUACU